AUGACGCCGAAAAUUGAACGAGACCGCGCGCCGUCGCAACGGAGCACCGUUUAUGCGGUGCCCGCGUUGGCCGUUUCCGAACCCAAAUCGACACCCGAACCGAUUCCGAUAUUCGACGAUGAUGAUGAUGAUAAGCAAUCAGUCUACACCCCAUCGAUCAUUGAGAAAUUCUUCAAUUAUUUACUAUGCAGAGGCGAUUUGGCCAAUCAGCAACUCGAAGCUCGACCGGUUUCCAUUUUUGGAUUGUUCCGUUACGGAAAAACGUUCGACUGGCUCCUUCUAUUCAUCGGCAUCAUUUGCGCGAUCAUUUCCGGCGUCUCGAAGCCGAUUCUGGCUCUUGUCAGUGGCCGUGUGACGAACGCGCUUUUGAUCUACCCGCCGACGAGCAAACAGUUUCGCAACAAGGCCAAUGAGAACGUCUACAUAUUCCUCGGCAUCGGCAUUUUCGUGGCGAUAACCAACUUCAUUCAAUACAUGUGCUUUCAACACGUGUGCACCCGCAUAAUGGCGCAAAUGCGCCAUCGAUACGUCUACGCGAUUUUGCGCCAAAACGCCGGCUGGUUCGACAAGAACCAUUCGGGCACGAUCACGACGAAACUCAACGACAAUAUGGAACGCAUUCGCGAGGGCAUCGGAGAUAAGCUCGGCAUUCUGAUUCGCGGUGUCGCGAUGCUGUGCGCCGCCAUCGUCGUCUCCUACAUCUACGAGUGGCGUCUCGCGUCGAUGAUGCUCGGCGUCGCGCCGGUGUGCUGUGUGUGCAUGUCGCUGCUCGCGCGCCAAAUGACGUCGACGACGAUCAAAGAAUUGACGGGCGUCGGCAAAGCGGGCUCGAUUGCCGAAGAAUCGCUGAUGGGCGUGCGCACCGUGCAGGCGUUCAACGGCCAACAGGAAAUGGUCGAUCGCUAUUCGGCCGAACUCGACAAAGGCCGCAAGUUCGCCGUGUGGAAAGGAUUCUGGAGCGGCUUCUUCGGCGGAUUGUUCUUCUUCUGGCUGUUCGCGUUCCUCGGAUGCGGUAUGCUCUAUGGCGCCUAUCUUGUCAAGGUGCGCAUCAUCGAGAACCCCGGCGAUUGUUUCAUCGUCGUCAUGUCGAUGCUUCUCGGCGCCUACUUCCUCGGCCUGAUCUCGCCGCACAUGAUGGUGUUGUUGAACGCGCGUGUCGCCGCCGCGUCGAUCUAUCAGACGAUCGAGCGCGUUCCGCGCAUCGAUCCCUACUCGACGGCCGGCAAACGGCCGGACGCCAUCGUCGGACGCGUCGUCUUCGAGAACGUCCAUUUUCGGUAUCCGACGCGAAAAGACGCCAAGAUCCUCAACGGUCUCAAUCUCGAAAUCGAGCCCGGCACAUCGGUGGCGCUCGUCGGACACUCGGGUUGCGGCAAAUCGACGUCGGUCGGACUGCUCACGCGACUCUACGAGCCCGAAGGCGGCCACGUGAUGAUCGACGGCGUCGACGUGCGCGAAUUGAACAUCGACUGGCUUCGCAACAACGUCGGCAUUGUGCAACAAGAGCCGAUACUGUUCAACGACACGAUUCACAACAAUCUGCUGAUUGGCAAUCCGAACGCAACGCGAGAGGAUAUGAUCCACGCGUGCAAGAUGGCCAACGCCCACGAUUUCAUCAUGAAGAUGCCGAAGGACUACGAUACCCUGAUUGGCGACGGUGGUGUUCAAUUGUCGGGCGGUCAGAAGCAGCGUGUGGCGAUCGCGCGCACCCUUAUCCGAAACCCGAAGAUUCUUCUUCUCGACGAGGCGACGUCGGCGCUGGACGCGCAAAGUGAGAGCGUUGUGCAGAGUGCGCUGAACAACGCGGCGCGCGGUCGAACGACAAUCAUGAUUGCGCAUCGAUUGUCGACGAUUCGCGAGGCCGACAAGAUCGUGUUCUUCGAGAAGGGCGUCAUCGUCGAGGCCGGCAAUCACGAGCAACUCGUGCGUCUCGGCGGACGCUACUUCGAUCUCGUCAAAGCCCAACAAUUCAAGGCCGAUCCGGAAGCGGACGGAGAGAACAUCGAGGAGGAGGACAUCGAGUUGGACACCGAGUUGCGCUCGCGGCACUCGUCAAUGUCGGGCUCGAUGCGAUCGGGAUCCGAGGCGUUCCGACGCGCCAACACCCUCAACGAUUCGUUUGCGACCGGCUCGGUGCGUUCGGCGUCGGCCGACGCCGAAAACGAGCUGUUCGCCGCGGAAGUGCAAAAAGUGAUGGACCAGGACGACCACAUCACGUCGGGCUAUUUGGACAUCUUCCGAAACGCCAAAGGCAAUUACCUCUACAUGUUCUUGGGUUUCGUCAGCGCACUGAUUCGCGGUCUCGAAUUGCCGGCGCUCGCGUUGCUGUUCACAUGGGUGUUCCAGGGCUUCGAGUUUGUGCCGUACGGCUCGCGAAUGAUGCACCGAAUGGCGAUGGCGAUCAUCGCGUUCGGCUGCACCGGAUUCGGAGUCUUCGUUUCGCAACUCUUCAGUUCAAUCUUUUUCGCGAUCGUCUCGGAGAAUCUCGCGAUGCGAUACCGUGUUCAAGCGUUUGAGAAUCUCCUCUAUCAGGACGCGUCGUUCUACGACAAUCCGGCGCACGCGCCCGGCAAAUUGAUCACACGAUUGGCGACCGACGCGCCCAACAUCAAAGCCGUCGUCGACGCGCGAAUGCUUCAAGUGAUCUACGCGGUGGCCGCUAUCAUAGCCUGCGUCGUCAUCGGGUUCGUCUAUUGUUGGCAGGUGGCGAUUCUCGGAACGGCGCUCAUCAUCCUGUUGGGUGUCACGAUGACGUCAUUGGCGUACAAGAUCUCGUUGUUGAACAUGCACCAAAUCAAGAACGACGAGGCGGGACGGAUCGCCAUCGAAAUCAUUGAGAACGUGAAGACGAUUCAACUGCUCACACGCACCGAACGAUUCUAUCAUCAUUAUCAGACGGCGUCGAAACUUCAGAAGCGUUCCGAGUUGAAGAAGGGAAUGAUCGAGGCGGUGAAUUACAGCAUCUCGCAGACGUUCAUGUACUUCAUGAUGUGCUUCUGCUACGCGUUGGGCAUUCGCAUCAUCUAUCAAGCCGACAAGACGCCGUCGGAUACAUUCCAAGCCAUCGUCGCGAUGCUUCUCGGCUCGGUGGCCGUCAUGAACAGCUCGCAAUACUUUCCCGAGUUUGUCAAAGCGAAAACGGCGGCCGGAAUGCUGUUCAACAUCAUCUAUCGAAAGCCGAUGACCGGCGAUCUGAUGGCCGGCUCGACGCCGGAAAUUCGCGGCAACAUUCUAUUCGAGAACGUCAAAUUCUCGUAUCCGCAACGACCGCGUCAGCCGAUCAUGAAGGGCCUUCAUUUCACCGCGCUUCGCGGCCAGACCGUCGCGCUCGUCGGGCCGUCGGGCUCCGGCAAGAGCACGUGCAUCGGAAUGCUCGAGCGCUUCUACGACGUCACCGGCGGCGCGCUGAAACUCGACGGCGUCAACAUCAAAGAUCUGUCGUUGUACCAUUUGCGGACGCAAAUGGCGCUCGUCGGCCAAGAGCCGCGCUUGUUCGCCGGCACGAUUCGCGAGAACGUAUGUCUCGGACUGAAGGACGUGCCGCUCGACAAGAUCAACAAGGCGCUCGAACUCGCCAACGCCAACCGAUUCCUCGGCAAUCUGCCGGCCGGCAUCGACACCGACGUCGGCGAGAAGGGCUCGCAAUUGUCGGGCGGUCAGAAGCAGCGGAUUGCGAUCGCGCGCGCGCUCGUCCGCGAUCCCAAAAUUCUACUACUCGACGAGGCGACGUCGGCGUUGGACUCGGAAUCCGAGAGGGCGGUUCAAGAAGCGUUGGAUCGCGCGCGCGAGGGUCGCACGUGCAUCACCAUCGCCCAUCGUCUCUCAUCGAUUCAGAAUUCCGAUCUGAUCGUCUACAUCGAGCACGGCAAAGUGCAAGAGGCCGGCAAUCAUUCGCAGCUAAUGCAGAAGAAGGGCAAAUAUUAUAAUUUGAUCAAGAAACAAGACCUGGCCGUGUGA